AUGUCUCCAAGCCAGUUCCAGGUGACCGACGAAUCCUGGGGCAACCAUUACCAUGUAAUAGCCUCGAAUGACAGUGGGAAACACCAUUUAUUCAUCGAGAACAAUCCGUUUUCUAAAAGCCCAUAUGAUAUGACCAUUCACGACGGUCCGAAUAUCGAGGGGCGCAUCCUUGGGGUCUCCAAGUUUCGACAGUUCACUUCCAAUUGCGACGUGAAGUUGGAUGACGAUAAGGAAUGGAUACCGAUGGUGAAGAAAGGCUUGAUCUCCCCAAGCUACUCCUUCGAGAUGUCCAUCGACGGAAUCAAUCACAAACUCUCCUGGAAAAAGACACGAUCCAUGGGAAUUGGCGCCAGUGCUUAUGGAAACUCCAAAUUAGUGGACGAAGAGAGUCAGGCUGUACUCGCAGUCUUCUCUUCUGACCCGCAUUCUUUAGUCACAGGUCAGUUGGACAUUUAUGGUGACCAUGGCAAAACGUUUGGACACAUGGCACUCCUUACGGGUCUAGUCUUUCGAGAAAAGCAACGACGUCAAAGCACUAGAACAGCUCGUGCGGGUCGGGAUGAUGUUUUUACUACUGGAACAGCCAUCGGUGGGGCUGGAGGAGGAGGGUGUUGA